ACGUCCAUUGGACAGAAGGGCUCACCUGGAAGCAUGGCAGCCACCGACCAUUUCUCCUGCCACCUUCUCCUCUUUUAUCUCCUCUCCUUCCUUAUAACUCAGCCUGCCCUCACCCAGGACCCAUCCGUCACCACUGUGACUGUGACUGAAGGUGACCCGUUCAUCGUCCCCACCACACUAGCCAACAAGACAACUCCCAGUUAUGUAGAGACCACCCAGAACACUCCUGCAGAGACAGGGCUGUCCACUCCCACCAGCGGUGGAGACGCAGACGAUGAGGAUGUCCCUCCUGUUGGCGGAACCCGUUGCCAGGGUUACUACGACGUGAUGGGCCAGUGGGACCCGCCGUUCAACUGCAACGCUGGUGUCUUUCUGUACUGCUGCGGUACCUGCUUCUACCGCUUCUGCUGUCAGUUCCGCCAGCAGCGGCUGGACCAGAGAAUCUGUUCCAACUACGACACGCCCAUCUGGGCCAACACCGGCAAGCCUGUGGCCACCAUCACUGAGGGCCAAGAGGACCAGGACCGAGACCGCACACACCUCAUCGUCUACAUCAUCUGUGGCGUGGUGGCCAUCAUGGUCCUGGUGGGCAUCUUCACCAAACUGGGCCUGGAGAAGAGCCGCGGAGGAAGUGGAGGAGGAGCGGGGGCAGGGCACGCUGACCUCAACUCCAGGACACUGACAGACCUGCUGAAGCAGCAGGGAGGUGAGGUGAGUUCAGUGGAAAACGCCACGGCCAGUUCGCCCAGCGGAGGGAGAGCCAACGGCAUCUCGGCCAGGAUGAUGCGCAGCAGGAGUGAGCACUACCACCUGAAUAACUCAGCAUACGGGCCAUUUGGACAAGGGCUUCCACACCCGCACAGCAACCACAGCACAGUGGGACUCAACAAAUACACCUCCCUCAAAGCUGUGGCACACAGUGCAUCUCGUAGCUACUACAAGAGCUUCCCGCUCAUGGACUUUUCCCAGUAUCAGCCAGUGGCUCCUGCGGCCUUCCAGCCUGUGCCCAUACAGCCCAAAGAGAAGUCGUACAUCCACCAGCCUGCGUCAGCGCACCAUGACCUCCACGCGCCCCUCUCCAUCUCCAUCCCCUCCAGCCACCUGGAGCAGUCGCGUCUCCCCAAGACCACCACACACCCACAGCUCUCCAGCUCAGCCUUCAAAGCCUGGGAGCCAACUGGCCGCCAUGUCCACAGGCAGGCUUCUGCCCCAGGGCACACCUCCUCCUCCUCCAUGCAUGGCUCCACCCGGAGACAUGGCUAUUCAACCCGGAGACAGCAGAGCAUAGAGAACAUGCCAGAUCUCUUUAACCAGCCCUAUGGGGGGGUGUACGGAGGAGCAGGAGGAGGGGAAGGGCAGGGGCAGCAUGUACAGGGGCAGCACCCAUCUCAACCCUCCUACUACCACCACACUAGGCAGAAGAGCUACUCCACCCACAGUACAACUGAGGUGACCGUCUGAGCACCAAGUCUUCGGUGUUAACUGAAUGCCUGAGUUUGGGACAGUUGGCCCAGCAGGUGAGGGAUAUUAAACGGGGAUAGACAUUCAGAUUUACGAGAUGACACGGGAUGUGUAGAUAAGUGGAAACAGUGAGAUUCAGGAGAAAAACAGUGUAGCAGGACCACCACUCUCACAGAUAAUGGACUCAGCUGGUAAAAGUUAUUACUGGAUUCCACAAAGGAUCUUGCACGUUGAUCAUUUAAAGUGUAUAGACUGUACCUCAAAGGUUGUUUAAAACCAUUCUCAGGCUCCUAUGGGUCACACAGCGUUCACAGAUUCUCAACCACUACAGGUUUGGCACUACAGUGGGGAUUUAUUGUGGUUCUACAGGCCUUAUAAGAAUGGGGAUAGGAGAACAGAACAACAAAAACUGUACUCGCACCAGCUCUUAGAGUAAGAAGCAAGUCUGAUUUUGUCAGUGGAAAGGUUUUACAUGGUGGUUUCAGCUUUGGCAGGAAUGAAGAGUGAGUUUGUGUCAGCCAAGUUAAGUCUAGUUGAGUACAGUAGGUCAUGGCCAGUUAGGGUUGUGAAAAACAUUCCACAAUGAGCCUGGAGCUUACUAAAACUGCAGCCAGAGCCUUUACUUACUGAAAUUGUCUAUUCAGAGAGACAUUUGGUGCAAACACGCAGCUAUUUCCAUUUCCUGCAUUUGAUGUAAAUGUAGUUUACAACCUUUAAGAUCCAUUUCUGUGGUUCACCUACAAACUGAAGAGUUAGACCUCAGGAACUAUUUGCUUAAAUCUGGAGCUUCACUGAAAAUCUUUGACCAUUAUUGGCAACCAGUACAUACUGGCAGAAAUUGAUUAAAAAUGUGUCCUUCUAACACAUAUGGGCUUUCUUUUCAGCAGUUAGAUGAGAAGAUUGA